AUGACAUCAAAUUAUAAGUCUUACAAUGUUUUUGAUUAUAAUUUAAGGUUUAUGAAAGAUGAUAAAAGGAAUAUGGAUAGAGAAAGAACAAGUGAUAAGGGCAAGGAAAAUAUAUCCUUAAGGAUAAAUUCAGAUAUGAGAAAAAAAAUAUAUUUAUUAGAGACAAAUACAAAAAGUCAUAAAGAUGAAAAGGAUGAGAAAUAUAAGAAUAUAAGCUCAUCAAAUUAUAUGAAACAUAACACUUAUGAUGAUAAGAAUAUGGUUGUAAAAGAUGAUAUGUCAAAUUUAAGCUCUAUAAAAUAUAAUAUACAAAUAAAUAAAAAUAAUAAUAAUAAUAAUAAUAAGAGUCUUAUUGUGGAAGAAAAGGAAAAAUCUAAUAAUAGAUCGAUUAUGUUAUUAAACCAUAAGAGAAAGUAUGACCCAGAUUAUAUCUCAGAUGAAAAGAAUAUAAAGAGAAAAAAAAUAAAUGAUAUUAUUAAUAAAUAUAAAAAAAAAAUGAUAAUUACUUCAAAUGAAGAAAAUGAUGAAAAAUAUAGUAAUAAAGGAUCAUUUAAUAUUUCAGAUGAUAAUGAUGAUGAUGAUGAGGAGGGGGAUAAUAAAAGUAGUAGUUACAAUAUAAAUCGUAAAAAUUAUUCUACAGAAAAUAAUGAUAAAAAAUAUAAUUUUCAUAUAACAUCUUUAGAAAAAACGGAUAAGAUAAAUAAUGAGAUGAAAGAAUACUCAACUAAAGAUACCAUUGAACUAAGAAGGAUAGAAUCCAUAUCACAUGGAUCAAGUGAAAAUAAAGCAAAUAUUAAUUCAUAUGAUAUAGAAAAAAUACACGAUGAAAAAAAGGAUAAGAAUGAAAUGCUUAAUAAUUUAGAUAUAAAUUUAUAUAAAGAAGAAAAAUGUUUAAGUUAUAAUAAUAGGAAGGAAAAUGACUUGAAUAAAAUUGACAUAUGUAAACAACUAAAUGUAAAUUCUAAGGAGCUUAAAUAUGAUAAAUAUGAAAAGGAUAAUAAUAUAUAUAAUAAUCAUAGUGAUAAUGAAAAAUAUGUAGAUCAUACUAAUGUAUAUGAUAAAAAUUCAAGUUCUCAUAAUGUAAGUUUAAAUGAUUUAUUUAAUGAAGGCAAUUUCAUGUUAGACGAAAAAAAAAUUAGAGAUAAAUUUAAAGAAGUCAAAUUAAUUGAGAAAUCACUUGAAAGAAAUAAUUCUGGAAUAUAUGAAAAUGAACUAAAAGAAGGUGAUACUGACAAAAAGGAUGAAUUAGAAAAAUUGAAAGUGGAUAUGACAAUAAAAAAUAUUAAUGAAAAAAAAAAUAAAGUAAUUUCAUAUGAUAAAAACUAUUCUGAGAAUAAUGAAAUAAAAUCUAUAAGAAGUGAAAAUACUGACAGGGGAGAAACGAAUAGAUCAUUUUUAGAUGAUAGAAAUGAUGAAAAGGAAAUGUCUCAUAUAAAUAACAAUAAUGAUAGUGUUAAAAAAAAUAAUAAUAAUAAUAUUGUUCAUAAUGUAGGGGAAUCACAUGAAGAUAUGUUUUAUAAGGCUAAUAAAUUAUCUGAAAAAAUCGACAGUAUUGUACAAAAUAUUAAAUAUAUCAAAAAAGUAAAAAAUUCAAAUUCUGAUAAAAAUAAUAUUGAUGUUAACAUUUCAGAUGGUAUAUCGAAUGAUGAGGCACAUAUGAAAAAUAUUACAAAUUAUGUAGAUUAUAAAAAAUUAUAUUAUGAUAAUGAUAAAAUGGAGAAUAUCAAAAAUACUUUGAAGAAAAAUGUAUAUAAUAAUAAAAAUGAAUUAUUGAACAAAAAUGAUACAAAAUUAAUGAUAAGUGGAAAUAAUAAUCAAAAGGAAAAUGUACGCAAUGAUGAAAAUUAUCUUUUAAAUGAUAUAAAUGAUUGUACAAAAGAUUUAAAUAAUAAAAAAUCAAAGGGUAAUAUUGAUGUUCAUAAUAAUACAACAUUUUUUGAUGCUAUGGAAUAUUCUAUAGGUUAUGAUAAAGAACAAUACAAUAAAAAUUUAGAAGAAGAUAAUGUUAUUACAAGAAUUUCAUCAAAUAAAAAUAAUAUGCAAAUAAAUUCCUCUUCAUCUAAUAAUAAAAAUUAUAUAAGUAAAAAUAAAUGGAAUAAUUUAAAAGAUAAAUAUUUCGAUAUGAUGAAAUCAAGUGGUGUAGAUAAUAUUAUAACUAUUAAAAAAAAUGAUCUUAUAGUACAAAAUAAUGAAAAAUAUAAUGAUAUUUUUAACAAAUCACAUGUCCAUAAAAACACAGAAAGGUUAAAAAGUUUUAAUAAUAACAAUUAUAAGGAUACACAUAUUUUAAAUAAUAAAAUAAAUGGUGAUAUCCAUAAAGAUGUUAAAAGUGAUAAUAUUGAAAAUAAAAUAAAGGAAACGAAGAAAAUAAAAAAAAAGGAAAAUAUAUUAAACAGUAUAAAUCAAGAAAAAAAUGUCGAAAAUAAAAAUAUUGUUAAUAAAAUGUCAUAUUCAAAAAAAAAUAUUUUAUCAAAAAGUUAUGCAGAAAAAAGUCAUUUAUAUAAUAUGAAAGAAAAAAAAAAUAAUAAUAAUAAUAUUAAUUUGAAGACAUGUAAAGAAAAGAAUACUUUAUUUUAUUCUGUUGAUUUCUCAAACCAACAAAAAAAAAAUGAUAUUGAUAAACGAUUAUGUGAUGAUUUAUUAUCUUCAGCUAUUGAUGAUUCGAUUGAAAGAAAAAUAAUAUAUGAAAAUAUAAUAAAAUUUUCCAAAAUAAAUGUAAAUAAUGAUCAUGAAUUAGUAGAUAAACAUUCAGAUGAAAACACGAAAAAAGAAAAUUCCAAUGAAAGAUUAAAAGAAGAAUUGGAUAUUAUUAAAAAUUAUUAUAGUGAAGAAAAAUUAAAAAGAGAGGAGGAAGAUAAACUGAGAAAUGAAAUCCAACAAAAAAGAAAAAUGUAUGAAUUAAAAAUUCGAAAAGAUUUUCAGGAAAAAAUAAGACUUAGAAGGGAAGAAUAUGAAAAAAGGUUAAACGAAGAUAAAAUAAAUAAUUUACACCAUGAUAAUGCAAAAAAGGAAUUACCAAAUGGUAUAGCAGAUGGUAAACCGAAUGUUAUUGAAAAUAAAGAAAAGGAAACGAAAGAUAUAACUUAUAAUAAUGUAAAAGAAGAAAGUAAUAUUAAAAAUUAUGAUAAUAAUAAUAUUAAAAAUUAUGAUGAUAAUAAUAAUAUUAAAAAUUAUGAUAAUAAUAAUAUUAAAAAUUAUGAUAAUAAUAAUAUUAAAAAUUAUGAUAAUAAUAAUAUUAAUAAAAAUUAUUAUUAUUAUUAUCAUUAUGAUGAAUUGAGAAACGAAAAUUAUAAAGACAAUAACAAAAAAAGAAGAAGAAACAGAUUUGAAGAUUAUUCAAGUGAUGGAAGUUAUUAUAAAUAUAUGUAUUGUAAUUUAUAUGAAGAAAGAUGUAACAAUAAAAUGAAAAAUCAUUUUUAUGAUAUAAGUGAUAAUUUAUAUUUACAGGAAUGUUCUGAUAACUUCUUUCAUAAUAAUAAAAUCUCCUCUUCUUCUAUUUAUAAAUCACCUUCACAUAGUUUUGAUAACGAAUUAAUAUCAUUAAGUAAAAUAAAAUUUGAUGAUUUUGAUUACAAUUAUUUAAAUGAAAUCCACAGAUCUGUAUCUAAAACGAAAGAGAGAAAAUCAAGUUGGUAUUCUGAAUUUAGUGAAGAAGAGGAAAAGUUAAAAAAUUGCAACUUAGUUAAACCUAAGGUUAUUUUAACUAAUAGUGAAAAGAGUUAUGAAAAAAAAUUUAUUGAAAACUCCGAAGGGGAUAGGAAAAUUAAUGGGGAAUAUGAAAAGAGUGAUAUAUAUAAAAAGAGUGAUAUAUAUAAAAAGAGUGAUAUAUAUGAAAAGAGUGAUAUAUAUGAAAAGAGUGAUAUAUAUAAAAAGAGUGAUAUAUAUGAAAAGAGUGAUAUAUAUAAAAAGAGUGAUAUAUAUAAAAAGAGUGAUAUAUAUAAAAAGAGUGAUAUACAACAAACAAAUGAUAUAAACGAAAGAGAUAAUUCUUAUAAAAAAGGAGAUAUACAUGAACGACAUGAAUGUCAUGAAAACAAUGUAGUAUCAGAAAGAAAUAUUCCAAAUAAGAACAAUAGUACAGGAAAUCUUCAUAAUAAUAAUGUCUCCAAUUCACAAAAAGGAAAAAGCCGUUCCUUUGAUUAUCAUCGUAGAAGUAACAAAAACAAUUUUUAUGAAUACAAAAAGAAUAAUAAAGAUGAUGAUAAUAUAUUGAAUAAAUUGUUAACCAUAAAAUAUCAAAAUAAAAUAGAAAAUGAUAGUUUAAGCAUAAUGGAGGAUAAUAUACACAAUGCUAAAGAGAGUAGUGUGAAUGAAGAUAUGUAUGAAGAGCAACCUAGUUCUGAAGAGGAAUAUUCAGAAGAGAAUAAUAUGGAUGAUGAAAAAGAUUCCGUUAAACUAAAUGACAAGGAAAGUGAAUAUAAUAAAAAUAAUUGUAAAAGUGUAAAAUUAAUACAAAAGAAAAGUGAUUUUAAUAAUGAAAAUAUAAAUGAAUUGAAUAUAUCACCAUCUCAUACGGAUAUUGAUAAUAAAGAAAAACCAAAUAUAUUGUUAAAUACUACAAAAGAAAAAAAUCGUAUUAUAAAUGUUAAUGAAAAGGAUGAUAUAUCCAAAAUAAAUCAAAUAAUACAAGAAGAGAAAAAUGAACCAAAUGAUAAUAUAUAUAUUAAUGAUGAUGAAGAAAAUGAGGGAAAAAAUAAAUUGAAAACAUCCAUAUCAUCUUCAGAUAAUGGAAUACCAAAAAUUAAUAUUUUAAAAAAUAAUGAAAACUAUAUUCCAUUAGAUAUUGCUUUAAAUUUUGUUAUGGAUAAUGCAAAAAUGAAGAAAAAUUUACAAAAGGAAGAAAAAAAAGAUAAAGGAAAGAACAAAACCUUUGUUCAGUGGUUAAUGGACGAAAGAAAAAGAAGAUUAAAAAAUAACUUACCCAUAGAUAUUUAA